AAUACCCGAGCAGGUUUUCUCGUACCAAAUUAUCGCAUCAUUUAGCAAUGUUCCAGUUUCCAUCACUUGAUCAACGCAUUUCCUGUCCGUAGAUGUAAGGCGAAAUGUAGAAUCUAGAAGAAUGACUUUGGCCUUCCUAUGAUUUUAGCCAUACGAUUUAAACAACAAAGAAACAGUAAUACUAGAAACAUUGUCGACGGAGACAAUUUUCGAUGUAAACCUCGAGUCCUCCACGGCUGUAUAUCUGACACUACCCAGCUGGCCAGCGAUGAUCCGAUUAACCAACCUUUUCCAAUGCAGGUUGGCCAUUCCGUAGCAGUACCGACUCUGUUUUCAUAGCUGGCAUUUUGAUAAGACAAAAUCAUUCAAAGCCACAAGAAUUCACGUUGAUGUUAACAGAAAAUGUGAACAAAAAAACCAAUCUUUAGUAAUAGUAACCUGUUGAUAAUGAUGAAAACUGAAAAGUUUUCUCUUCCUUUCCCAUAUCCAUUUUUUCAUGCUAAACCAAAAAACCAAAACCACGUUAAAGUAGAACAGUCAACCUUCCAGACGCAUUCGUUAAAAUAGAUUCCAAUCUUUACUUUUUUCUUUUUUUCUCUCUAAAGUUCCAUUUUUCAGAACAAAGUUUAAACCUUUGGCCAAGGGCCUGUUGUAAUUCUACAUCUAGCUUUUCUCAGUCCCGGAAACACCUCUCACUCUGAAAAAAUAUACGAUUUUUUUACAAAACCGUCAAAACCCUGCCACACCUUGGGUUCAUUAUUGUUAACAGACCAGGUCGGGACCAUGAACGAAGGGGGCUUAGCCACCACAAAAGGUGGCUUGGGAAGCGGCUUAGUUGGUGUUCAGAUCAAUCAAUCCCGAAGGCUCCCAGAUUUUCUUCAAAGCGUUAAUCUCAAGUACGUAAAAUUAGGCUACCACUAUCUAAUUUCCAAUCUUUUAACCCUUUGUUUUAUACCUCUAAUCGCGGUGGUUUCAAUGGAAGUUUCUCAAAUGAAUCUCGAUGAUUUACUCCAGCUAUGGGUUAACCUUCAAUACAAUCUAGUCAGCAUAAUCAUUUGCUCUGCUAUUUUAGUCUUCGGGUUAACGGUCUAUAUCAUGUCCCGACCCAGAACUGUUUACCUUGUCGAUUAUUCUUGUUACCGUCCUCCUGAUCCUCUUAAAGCUCCCUAUGGUCGUUUCAUGGAGCACUCUAGGUUGACUGGUGAUUUUGAUGAAUCGUCUCUCGAGUUCCAGCGCAAGAUUUUGGAGCGUUCGGGGCUCGGAGAAGAGACUUAUGUGCCUAAAGCAAUGCAUAAUAUUCCUCCAACGCCGUCCAUGGCGGCAGCGAGGGAAGAAGCUGAGGAGGUUAUGUUUGGGGCAUUGGAUAUUCUUUUCCGGAACACGAAUGUCAACCCCAAAGAUAUUGGUAUUCUUGUUGUGAAUUGUAGUUUGUUUAAUCCAACGCCUUCAUUGUCGGCUAUGAUUGUGAAUAAGUAUAAGCUAAGGGGAAACAUUAGGAGCUUUAAUUUAGGUGGGAUGGGGUGUAGUGCUGGGGUGAUUGCAGUAGAUCUUGCCAAGGAUAUGUUGCAGGUGCAUAGGAAUACGUAUGCUGUUGUUGUGAGCACUGAGAAUAUUACUCAGAAUUGGUAUUUUGGGAAUAAGAAGUCUAUGUUGAUACCUAAUUGUUUGUUUCGAGUUGGGGGUUCAGCUGUUUUGCUUUCGAAUAAGUCCAAGGAUAGGAAGCGAGCUAAGUAUAAGCUUGUUCAUGUGGUGAGGACUCAUCGUGGAGCAGAUGAUAAGGCAUUUAGGUGUGUGUAUCAGGAACAGGAUGAUACAGGGAAGACGGGUGUUUCACUGUCUAAAGAUUUGAUGGCAAUUGCUGGAGGUGCACUAAAGACCAAUAUCACUACGUUGGGUCCUCUUGUGCUACCAAUCAGUGAGCAGCUUUUGUUUUUCACAACUUUGUUAGUGAAGAAAUUGUUCAAUGCCAGUGUCAAGCCUUAUAUUCCCGAUUUCAAGUUGGCAUUUGAUCAUUUCUGCAUACAUGCUGGUGGGAGGGCUGUGAUUGAUGAGCUAGAGAAGAAUUUGCAGCUGCUACCGAUACAUGUGGAGGCUUCUAGAAUGACUCUCCAUCGUUUCGGAAAUACUUCUUCAAGCUCCAUUUGGUAUGGAUUGGCGUACAUUGAGGCUAAGGGGAGGAUGCGGAAGCGCAACCGUGUAUGGCAAAUUGCAUUUGGAAGUGGCUUCAAAUGUAAUAGUGCAGUCUGGGAAGCACUUCGGAAUGUAAAACCAUCUAGUAAUGGUCCUUGGGAAGAUUGCAUUGAUAACUAUCCUGUGAAAAUAAGCACCUAGCUGAGCAACAUUUUUGAGUUGGAUUCUACAUUCAGACAGUGUAUUCAUUGGAAGGCAGACCGCUAUAUUUUGCUCUAUCGGAUUCUUGACGUGUACUUUAGUUGUCAAAUGUGGUUACCUUUGUGUUCCAAUUUUUUUUUUUUGCAUCUGCAUGCAUGUCUGGAGUCCUAUCAUGGGAGACUUGCUCAUUUUGUGCUAUAAUUCUCCAUGCAUUUACUAGUCAUUAACCUAGUUGAGAUUAAUACUCAUUGAAAGUUUCAUCAAUGUGCCAUCAUUGCAUUUCAUCUUUCUUUGCCAUUUAAGUUUUUUUCCUUUUCUUUUUACCUUAUAGACAUACAUUUAUUGGAAUUAUUGGUGAGUGGGCAUUAGUUUUUUUACAGAUACAUCAUACAUGGCAUUGCUGUUGUCUAGACGUGCCUAUCAGUCAUUUAUAGGUUGUGAUUGGAUGGGGACCAAGGAGUAAAAAAAAAAAAAAAGGAAAAAUCUUGAAACAUGAUAAAGACCGUAUCGAACUAUAGUUACUCAUUACUAAGGUUUUAGUAUUUCCUGCCUUACGGCGAAGGGUAUCUAACAUCGUCAUUUCGGAACAGUUUUGUUCAAGGAACAUUUCAGUCCACUAUUAGACAAUUACUCCUACUCAAAAUUUAACGUUAAAAGAUUUAGACAAACUGGGAUGAAAACUUAACAAUGAUAACGUUUCUUGACACUGAAUUGAUCAUUUGUAGUUGUUUAAAGACCAAGUUUCGA